AUGGCUCACGGUUUCUCGAAGGAGAAGCUGAAAACUGUCGAAAGCCAGCUUUCAGAUGCAAGUCAGGAACAGGACCCAACAUGCAAUGGCAUGGCACGACAUGGUUGCGUUUUUGGACGGUGCACGGACGAUGUCCAAAGACUGCUGGAAGAAUUUGCAGCGUACACACUUGCAAUCGCAAAAGCUGAGGUGGGCGGAAUGCAGAUUCGCAUGUUGUACAACUGUGUUCUCGUGAGCCACAAAUUCCUAGGAAUCCUCUGGGAGCCACUCUGCCUUGGUCAUGCCGAGGCCAAGACACCACAGCUGGGGGCAAAGGCGAGCAGAAGAACAGGCCGGACGGAGCUGCACAAUGCCGUGUGCAGCGGUGACGAAGACUACGUCCAGCAGCUCCUAAAAAAUCGCGCGUCUGUUGAUGCCAUGGACGGAAGUGGCCGGACACCACUACACUUGGCCGCCAGUGAGCUCUCGGAACCGGUCAAAAUCAUCGAGCUACUGCUGGAGGCCAGAGCCAGGACUGAGGCUGAAGACCUCAGCGGCCCGGAGCCGAGUUUCACUCCCUUGAAUUUGGCUUGCGAUUCGAAAUGCAAGGAAGCGGUGGCUGUUCUGCAGAGCGCCGCUCCUUGA